UUUAUACUACUUGAAGAUUUUAACGACAAAACAAAAUUGGAAAAAAACUAUAAACAAGAUAGAAAGAUGGCUCGUCAACGACAUAUUUAUGAAACAGCAUUUGAUUGUAAAAUUAAUAGAUCAAACGAUGAUAUAGAUGAUCUAGAUCGUGUUACAAAUCAUCCUCUUUUAAUUUCUCACUUAAGAGAUAAUUCGUCUUCUUUUUGUCGAACAAAUUCAUCGAUUGAAUCAUCAAAACGGACAACAAAAAAUUUACAGCAAAUAACAUCUCAAGUAUUUAAAGACCAUCGAUGUAAAUUUAUUUUUCAUAGAAAAACUGGAAUUUCGAAUCAAUCAGAUAAGCAAGAACAGGAAGCUGAUAAUAUUUCGAAACUCACACAGGAUAUUAAAUCUCUCAAAAUAAAUUUAUUUAAAGAAAAAAGUUUAUUGAAUAGAGAAUAUACUUCAUCUGCUUCUCCUGCACCUAUAUCUACUAAAUUUUACAGUAUGCACAAACGUGAACAGUUUUUACUUAAAAUACACAAAAUCUCUAAUUUAAAUAAUCAGCAUCAAUUGGUACAGUCGCGUUCAAAAGAUAUGAAUGUUUUCGUCGAUUCCAUUCCACAAGCUCCCGAUUAUUCACACCGUAUAAGUGAAAACAAUAUUUAUGAAUCAAAAAAUCGACCUAAAAAUUCGUUUCAUAAUAGUAAAGAAUUUAUUCUUGAAUUUAAAGACAAGCCCAUAGAGAACGUAUUAAUUCAACGAGUUCAACCUCGAAGUAUUGUGUGCGAAAGCAAAUCUAUUAAGGAAUUCAAAGAUAGGCCUCACAAAGCUGAAAUCGUUACUGAAAACCAAAUGUGUCGCAAUUUAGAAACCACGUUGCUUGAAUUCAAAUUAGAUGCAAGUCGUCGUAAUCUUGGCUAUUCAAGUACCGAAAGUAUAACAAGUAGUAGUUGCGGUAGUAUGGAAUCAUUGCGUAGUAGUAAUAGCGAAGAUAAUCGCUCCAUAAGUAGUAAUGAAAGUGGACAUAGCAUAAGCUUCAGUUCCCAUAGUUCUGACAGUGAUACUAUUAGAAGUUAUUUAUGUCCGUAUCAUAAUCAUCAGCAAUUGAGUUCUUCAAAUUUCUUAUGCCCCUAUGCAACUAAACUAGAAGUACGGUCAUCUAUCCAAGACACAUCAUUACGAACACCUGCAAGUGAAAUUUCUGAUAAUCUUAAUAGUCUACAGAAAACAUUACCGGAAGAAUUUCAAUUUGCUGAAAGUAAUCAAAUUAUAUAUAAUGGCACUUCAAUAAAACAUCCUAUUACAUCUAUGGAUACAUCAUUGUCUUUAAAGAAAAGACGAAUAUCACAGAAUAAAAAUCUUAUUGAUUUCGUACUACAAUCAUCAUUGUCAAGUGAUCAAAAAAUACAAGGCUCGGAUAGUGGUAUAUCAAUAGAGUCACGUGCAGAAAUAACAUGUAAUAAGACAUUUGAUUUCCAUCUACUUAAAAUAUCAUCUACAGCAGUAAAAUCACAAGAAGAGCAAUAUUUUAAUGUUACAAAUCAGCUAUUAAAGAAUGAACAACAGCUUUCAAAUUUACCAUUUGACAUGCCAAAAUUAUGCAGACCAAAGCUAUUAAUGCAACAAGAUAUUACUACUUCGGGUAGUGUAACUAACGUUGAUUUUACGAAUCUACCUUUUGACAUGCCCAAGUUGAAAAGACGACUAAAAUGUAUGCAAAAUACAGAAUCUACUGUACCACAGACAUCAAAUAUUUCUUUCCGAAACAUAGAAGCAUCUAUUUUUGAUAUAAUUUUUAAUAACUAUUGUAAAAUUAUUCCCAUAUCAGCUAUUUAUCAUCAGUUUCCAUUUUAUAAUUUUAUAGAUGAGAGAAAUGGAAUUGAAAAUGAAUCACUUAUCCAUUUUACCAAUGUCGGAGAUACUUGUGAACAAUUGACAUUGAAAAAAUCUAGAGGCCUUAAUUUAGUAUUAUCACCCAAACAAUGUACUACUCAAGGAUCUCCUGAUUUUAUUGAUGUUGAGCUGCCAUUAGAAAGACAGGGUUGGUAUCAUGGUUCCAUUACGCGAAUUGAAGCAGAGGCUGUUUUACGACUAUUGCAAGAAGGGAGUUAUUUAGUACGAAACAGUGAAUCGACUAAACAAGAUUAUUCAUUAUCUUUAAAAAGCGCCAGGGGGUUUAUGCAUAUGCGCAUUCAAAAAAACAAAGAAACUAAUGCGUUUAUACUUGGACAGUUCAGUAAACCAUUUGACAACAUACCCAAAAUGGUACGACAUUUUACGAUAAAUCAGCUACCUAUUCGUGGUGCUGAACAUAUGUGUCUUUUGCAUCCUGUCAUAGUGCAAUUAUUGUAGCGCAUCUAUUGCACUGUAUAUUAAAUACAUCACCUAAGAUUUUUAAAAAAGUGAAAAAAAUUUCAUAUAAAAUAGGCAA